CAGCGCCGAAGCCUACGACACCGCGUUCAGUCAUUGUCCGACCAACAUCUCGGUCGUACAUUCUAAUUCGACCGACGUCGUCGCUACUCCAAUUGUCGUUUGAGUGCCCGUUAAACGAACGGUUCACUCCGAUCCCUGGAGUGUAGGUGUAGUGUAAAGUGAUGGUGUGUUUUUAGCUAUACAAUCCAAAAGUGUAUCGCUAACAAGUAUUACUGUCGGCGGUGUGUUGCGAGUUGCACGACUUGCCCAGCGGCUGUUCGCCUGACGGCGAGGGAAGGCGAAUUGUCUACAUCGGGAGGAAUGAGCCCCGCACAUCACCGCUCCCGCACUCACCGAUGAUCUCAAGAGAACAUGCAUCUAGACACCUUACCGCUCGUCGUUUGGACGCUCUUAGUCACAACGACAAAUGUAGCGACACAAAGCCAAUAUGGAAUAGGUUUAGGAAUAAAACGAGAAGUAUUUUUCUUAAAUUUAGAAGACGGUUAUUUUGGCUGUCAAGUAAACGAGUCAACACAAAUAUUACAGUUAUAUGAAUUAUCAAAAUUGUGCGACGGUGUGUCGGACUGUUACAAAGCAUCCGACGAGCUCCGAACAGAGUUAAAAUGCACAGAUGAUUGUACCAAAGAGGAUGGCGCCCAGUGUAUAAACGGUGCUUGUUUAAACGGAGUGUGCCAUUGCAACGACGGUUUCGGCGGUUGUAAUUGCCAGGAGCCAGAUAUAAAUGAGUGUAAAGACAGACCAUGUGAUGUUUUUGCACAUUGUACGAACACAGUUGGCAGCUUUCAAUGUUCGUGCUUCCCUGGCUAUGAAGGCGAUGGUUUCACUUGCAAAGACAUAAAUGAAUGCGAAGACCCAGCGAUAUCGUCACGUUGCGUUGAAAAUGCAGAAUGUUGUAAUCUGCCUGCUCAUUUCAUUUGCAAGUGCAACCGGGGCUUCGAAGGCGAUGGCGAGGAGGAAUGCCGAGAUAUCGAUGAAUGCCGCCGACCUGGUGCCUGUGGAUCUAACGCUCUAUGCCAGAACAAUCCAGGAAAUUACACAUGUUCUUGUCAGGCUGGUUACACUGGAAAUGCUUUUGACGGUUGUGUUGACAUCGAUGAGUGCGCGAACGACGGUGUUUGCGGCACGGGAGCAGUGUGUCGCAAUGUCGAGGGCGGAUACGAGUGCAGCUGCCCUCCUGGCUACGAGGGAGACCCGCGCGUUGCGUGUCACGACAACGACGAGUGCUCGCGCGUCACCUGCGGCCGCGAUGCUUUAUGCGAGAACCUUCCCGGAGCAUACCGAUGUGUCUGUCCACCAGGUUUUGAAGGGAAUCCCGACGUACAGUGUACUGACGUGGAUGAAUGUAAGAAUAGCGAGACUCUAUGCAGCGCACACGCAAUUUGUAUCAAUACUGCCGGAAGCUUCGUGUGCACGUGUAAACCAGAAUACACUGGAGAUGCGCGCGCGCCGGAAGGCUGUCAGGAGGUUGACGAAUGUCAGACACUUGAACGGCCUUGUGGAACACAUGCCAUUUGCGAGAACGCCGUACCAGGAUAUAACUGUAUCUGCCCGCAGGGAUACAGAGCUAAACCAGACCCACAAAUUGCUUGCGAACAGGUUGAUGUCACCACCUUAUGUAAAUCAAACUUUGAUUGUACUAAUAAUGCUCAAUGUAUUGAAAAUCAAUGCUUUUGCAAAGAGGGCUUCGACGCUAAAGGAUCAGUAUGCAUAGAUAUCGAUGAAUGUUCCACGAAUCGCAGUAUAUGUGGGGAAAAUUCUAUUUGCAUAAAUACAGCCGGAGGAUAUAAUUGUGAAUGUGCCAUUGGUUUCGUGGGCUCACCACCGCAAGUGGCCUGUCGAGCUCCAUGCGAGGACGUUAAAUGCGGUGAACAUGCGUACUGUAAUCCUGAUGGAACUGAAGCAUAUUGCGUUUGUGAAGAAGGCUGGACUUUUGACCCCAAUGACAUAGCAGCAGGAUGUGUAGAUAUUAAUGAAUGUGAUGCAUCACUUGGACCGAAUGGACGUUGCGGUAAAAACGCACUAUGCUCAAACGUUCUUGGAAGUUUUACUUGUCAUUGUCCUGAAGGUUAUACCGGGGACGCGCACAAGCAAUGUAUAGAUAUUGACGAAUGUCAGAUCGAAGGUGCAUGUGGUCUGGGAGCCGACUGCAUAAACCGUGAUGGCUCAUACAGCUGUGAAUGUCCUUCCAGUACGGUACCAGACCCAGACCCGCACGUGCGGUGCGCUGAAAUAUUUACUUGCAAUAAUGACAAUGACUGUCCAGGCAAUGCGCUGUGCAAUCCAGACAAACGAUGUUUCUGUCCAGAUCCUAAUGUUGGAAAUGAAUGCAGGCAUCCAUGCGAAUCUUUGGAAUGUGGAAGCAAUUCAGAAUGUCUUCUUAAUAACCAAAAUGCUCAAUGCAUAUGUCGAAGUGGCUUUACGGGUAACCCAUCUGCUCCUAUUGGAUGCCAAGACAUAAACGAAUGCGACGAUAAUCCUUGCGGUACGGGAGCUGUUUGUAAAAAUCUACCAGGGCAUUAUCAAUGCGAGUGCCCCGCUAACUUUAAUGGAGAUCCAUACGUUGAUGGUUGCAUACCUGGAAAAAUGCCUACAGAAUGUAGUACUAUCAAUCCUUGCCCUGAAGGUGAACAAUGUAUACUACAUGAUGCUGAAAAUGUAUGUAUAUGCUCACAAGGCUUUUCACGCAAUAAAGUCACCGGAUUGUGUGAAGACAUUAAUGAAUGCACGCAGCAUGGACGUUCCCCUUGCGGGUUAAAUGCUAUAUGUAAGAAUCUACCAGGAAGUUACGAAUGUAAAUGCCCCCAAGAAUACAGUGGAAAUCCCUAUAAAUUAUGUGAAGUGUGCGAUAAUAUAAACUGCCAAUGUCAACCGCCGUAUCAAGUGGUAGAUGGGAACUGUGUCUUAUCUGGCUGUAAUAAAGAUAACAAAUGCGGUAAGGGAGCGGAGUGCAUUGUCAUUUCUGACGGAGUGAGCUACUGUGCUUGUCCGGCUGGAUACUCAUUAACUACUGAAGGAUCUUGUGAAGACACCAAUGAAUGCACAUCUGGACAACCAGCUUGUGGUUUUGGCGCUGAAUGUGUUAAUACUGUUGGAUCUUUCAUAUGUAAAUGUCCACCAGGCUACAGCAAAGACCCCAUCUCAGGGCAUUGUGCACUAAAUCAAAAACGUUGUAUUAGUGACUCAGAUUGUUUUCCGAAUGAGAAGUGCAUUCAACCUGGUAAAUGUGUGUGCCCUCCGCCAUUCUAUUUAGACGUUUCUGAUGGACAAAAAUGCAAAAGCCCUUGUGAGCGGUUUACUUGUGGCAUCAACGCUAAAUGCACUCCGAGUGAUCCGCCCAGGUGUAUGUGUAUGACAGGAUAUGAAGGAGAUCCGUACACAGGUUGCACCAACAGGAACGAAUGUCACAGUUCACCAUGUGGGUACGGUGCUAUUUGUCACGAUAAAAAGGGUGGAUAUCAAUGCGACUGUUCACCAAAUAUGGUCGGGGAUCCGUAUAAAGGAGAAUGUACCAUAGGUGAGGAACCGAUGCAAAAACUAUUGUGUAGUAAAGAUGAUCAAUGUCCUAAUACUUUAGCAUGCUUGAAUCGGACGUGCGUAUCACCAUGCAGCAGUGUUUCAUGUGGACCGAAUGCAUUUUGUGAAGUAGAAAACCACGCUGCCUGGUGCCGUUGUAACCCUGGAUACACUAAACCUGAAGGCGGAAAAUGCAUAUCCGGCUGUGAUACUUAUUCUUGCGCUACCAGUGCUCAAUGUAUAAUAUCGAAAACGGGCCCUACAUGUAUUUGCCCUGAAGGAUUGAUUGGUAAUCCAUUCCCUGGUGGAGCAUGCAGUAGAGAUGUUUGUGGACCUGGUAUACCUUGUGAAGAAAAUCUGACGUGUGUUUCGGGACGUUGUCGCCAACGUUGCGAUGGAGUUGUAUGUGGUGUUGGGGCGUCAUGUGUUGAAGAAACUGGAAGAUGUGUUUGCAACGCUUUCUUCGUCGGUAAUCCGGAUUUGUUGUGUAUGCCACCUGUAGCUCCUCCGGCUUGUGAACCAGAAUGUGGUCUAAAUGCACACUGUGUCUACGGACAGAACAACAUUUGUAGAUGUAAUAAAGCAUUUACUGGAAAUCCCUAUAUAAAAUGUUUGCCACGUAGACAAAUAACAUGUGCCACUGCAACUUGCGGUCGUAAUGCUGUCUGUCAACAAACAAAAUCACAUGUAGAAUGCUUGUGCCCUCCAGGUUACAUAGGAAAUCCUAACAUACAGUGCACAGAUAUUGACGAAUGUACUAAUAGUCCCUGUGGUGAAAAUGCAGUGUGUAUAAAUACGCCAGGCGGGUUUAGUUGCAUAUGCAAAAGUAGAUAUGUUGGCAAUCCUUAUGAAUUGUGUUCACAAGUUUCUGUUUCAAAAUGUAUUGAUGGAAAUAUCUGUACUUGCACACACAAUGCCACGUGUCCUGAUGGCUAUAUUUGUGAAAAAACUAAAUGUAUUGAUAUAUGUCAAAAAAUUACCUGUGGUCCUAAAUCUAUCUGUCAAGAAGGAGAUUGCCAUUGUCUUCCAGGACAUACUGGAAAUCCUAAAGAUCUUCAGACCGGAUGCGUUCCUGACGGUACUUGUUUGGUGGAUGGAGACUGCAAGGACUCGGAAAUUUGUUUCCAAAUAGCUAAAAAUAAUCGUAAAUGUGUUGAUUCGUGCAGUAAACUUCAAUGUGGACCAAACACUCUAUGCAUUGGUGCUAACCAUCAAGCUCAUUGCAUAUGCGCAGAGGGAUACAUAGGAAAACCUACCGAUAUUAAAACAGGAUGUCAUUUGACACAAAGAGAUCCAGAAGUAGAAUGCAAUGUUAACAGCGAUUGCAAUGAACCUCAAGUUUGUGUGUUAGUAGACGGAUCCACUAAACGAUGUUUGGAUUUAUGUUCAACUAUAGCGUGCAGUGCAAACGAAAUUUGUAAAGUAGUGGCUGAUACAGCUCGGUGUGAAUGCAAAGACAAUUUCUUAUGGAAUCCAGUUACUUCUAAUUGCGAACAACCUUCAACUCCAAAUUGUAAAACUGAUAGUAACUGCAACGAUAAUCAAUCAUGCCAGAAAGACGCUCUAGGUGUCAAAAAAUGUCAAGAUAGUUGUUCACUAUUUACGUGUCCGGAAAAUUCUGUAUGUAUAACAAGAAAUCAUAAAAGCCAAUGUGAAUGUUUGAAUGGAUUUGCUGGGAACCCUAAUGACCGUGAUGGUUGUAUUCCAAUAAAUAAAAACCAAUGUUCAGACGAUGUACAGUGCAGAGAAAAUGAAAUAUGUAAAAAUGUCGGCGAUAUAAAAAAAUGUAUAUCAGCAUGCCAGCAUAUAACAUGUGGGCCGAACGCAAUAUGUGUUACCAAUAAUCAUAUUGCCAAAUGCCAAUGCCCAUCUGGUCCGUUCACUGGUAAUCCUAACGACUUAGAAAAAGGAUGUCAAUCAGUACCAUGCAUUUAUAAUUCGGACUGUUCAACCCAUGAAUUAUGUAACCGUAUGACACAUACAUGUUCUAACGCUUGUAUGGAGGAUUCUUGCGGCCUCAACGCAGUAUGUAUAGCAGAGAAUCAUAAAACUAUUUGUCAAUGUCCUAAUGGAUAUAGAGCAGAUCCAUUACCCGAAGUUGGUUGCAAAAAACUUGAGGUGUGUGACCCGAAUCCUUGUCAUCCUACCGCUGUAUGUGAAGCUCGGCUAUCAACUUUUGAUUGUAAAUGUCCCCCUGGAUUUAUAGGCGAUCCGUUACACGAUGGGUGUCGUAAACAAGGCGAAUGUGCCAAUGGAGACCAAGAUUGUCCUUUAGAAGCAGUGUGUGUGAAUGAUCGUUGUGUAAAUCCUUGUGAUGGAGCUUGCGGACUUAAUUCCUUAUGCAAAGUGGUAAAUAGGAAACCGAUUUGUAUGUGCCCUGAAGGAUACGAAAAAGUAAAGGAUAAUGCCUGCAAAAAGAAAAUUUUAUCAUGUAACGUAGACAACGAUUGUGGUCUAGACAUUUGUUAUGAAGGUCAAUGUUUCCCAACGUGCAUGAAUUCAAGCCAGUGUGAAUCUGGUGAUUCAUGUGUCAAGAAUGUCUGUACAACCGAAUGCAGUAAACAUACACAAUGUGCAAUCGGGCAAGCUUGUGUAGAAGGCCAUUGCUUAAUUGGAUGCAGAAGUAAUAAUGACUGUCCUAGUGAAGAAGCAUGUGUCAAUAAUAAGUGCAUUAAUCCUUGUUUAUCUUCUAGAGCAUGUGGCCCAAAUGCAAUUUGUUCAAGAAAAAAUCAUAACAUGACAUGCGAGUGUCCCCUUGGUUUCCAAGGUGCACCUACGCCUCAACAAGGUUGUGUUAGACGUCCAACCUCAUGUACUAAAACAUCGGAAUGUCCUCCUGAUCAUAUGUGUAUAGGAUUCUUAUGUCAAGUACCUUGUCAAGAUAACUCAGGAUGUGCUAUUGGCGAAAAAUGUAAUGAUAAUAAAUGCCAUAAAAUUUGUCACACUAGCACUAAUUGCUUACAUGGAGAACAUUGUAGUUCAGGCAUUUGUCUACAUGGAUGCAAUUUGGAUUCUGAUUGUCUUAACAAUCAACAAUGCGUCUCGGGUAAAUGUAAUUGUUUGAAAGGCUUCGAUCUAACUCAAGACGAGUGUAUUAACAUAAACGAAUGUCUGACUAAUCCGUGUCAUCCAUCAGCACAAUGUGUUGAUAAUUUUGGUUCCUAUAAAUGUGUGUGCCCUGUAGGAGCUGUCGGUGAUCCUUACAUGACUGGAUGUUUAUUGCCUAAUCAAUGCAGAGGGGAUAACCAAUGUGAAGAUUCACUGUCGUGUAUAAAAGGAAAAUGUUCAAAUCCGUGUCAGACUGAUAUCUGCGGAUUAAAUGCCGUAUGUACCGUUUUCAAACAUCGAGCAGCUUGCAAUUGCAAUAAGGGUUAUCUAGGAAAUCCAUUUGAUAAAAAGAUUGGUUGUUUCAAAGUCGAAUGUGUUGAAGAUUCAGAUUGUAGCGCGGAUAAAUAUUGCAAUACUAAGAAAAAUAAAUGUUCAGAUAAAUGUGAAGAGUCUGCCUGUCAGGGAGGCACUUGCAAAAUAGUAAAUCAUAAAGCAUCUUGUUCCUGUCCAGUAGGAUACCAAUUAAAUAAGAACAUAUGUGGAGACAUAAAUGAAUGUCUGAAUAACCCGUGCCCAUUAAAUGCAAAAUGCUUAAAUACUAAAGGGUCCUAUAGAUGCGAUUGUAUAAAUGGAACAAUAUUAGAGGCAAAUACUGGCAACUGUCGUCUACCCGGAGAAUGCUUCUCGGAUGAGGACUGCUCUGAUAAAACUAAAUGCCUAAAUAAUUAUUGUAUCAAUCCAUGUGAAAAAAAUUCUCCGUGUGGCGAAAAUGCUGAAUGUGUUGUGGCGAAUCACAAAUCUAUUUGUGAAUGCCAACCAGAUAGUCAAGGUGACCCAUAUGAUAAAUGUAGUAAAUUUGAGUGCACGAAAGACAGCGAUUGUCCGACAGAAGAGGCGUGUGUUAACAAUAGAUGCAAAAAUCCAUGUAGUAUCCCUAAAGCCUGUGGAAAGAAUGCUGAUUGUACUUCUAAGAGUCAUAUUGGCCAAUGCUCCUGUUCACCCGGAUUUUCUGGAGAUCCAGUUCUAGGAUGUGUUCCGAUCCAGUACUGCACCGAUGACAGCAAGUGUUCAUCUGGAACUAAAUGUAUCGAAAACGUUUGCGCCAGUGUUUGUAAAAAUUCGCGUGAUUGCUUAAGUGACCAAGUAUGUAUCCAGGGAACCUGCCGAGUAACGUGCCGCUUGAAUGAUACUUGCCCAGAUUUUCAGUUCUGUCUUAAUAGAAUUUGUUCAAAAGAAAUACACUGUUCCUCAAAUGACGAUUGUCUUGACGAUGAACGCUGCUCUUUAGGUAGAAAUGGAAUACCACAAUGUGUUAAAGUGUGUGAAAGACAUCCAUGUGGUAGACAAGCAAGCUGUGUCGGUAAAAAUCACGAGGCCUCGUGUUUCUGUGUUGAAGGAUUCUUUGGUGAUCCGCUUAAAGGAUGUAAAAGGAAGGAAUGCGACAAUGACAAUGAUUGUUCCGAUGAUAAAUUGUGUGAAAAGAACACGUGUAAAAUUGCAUGUUUAGUAGAAAAUGAUUGCGGAGAAAACACUAUUUGUUCCUCUGAGAAACAUAAACAUAUGUGCUCAUGUCAACCUGGCUUUACCGGAGAUCCUUUAAGAAUCUGUACUGAAAUCAACUGGUGUGCAUCUAAAGCUUGUGCUAAGGACGCAGAAUGUAAAAAUACCAAAGAUCGUGCAAUAUGCUCUUGCCCAACGGGAACUGUCGGGGACCCGUAUACAGAAGGAUGUCACAAAGCACAAGAGUGUCGAUUCAACAGGGAUUGUCCGGCUGGUGCACGUUGCGUUGCUAUUGAUGGUAUUAGGAAAUGUGCAGAUGUUUGUGAGAACGUAAAAUGUGGUAUUAAUGCAGAAUGUGUGGCUUCAAGGCACACAGGUCAAUGCAAAUGUAAAUCAGGUUAUAUUGGAUCCCCAAUUAGCGAUAAAGGAUGUAGACUCCGAGACGUAUCGUGCACAAGUAAAACUGACUGUGUUGAUGGUCAAUAUUGCCAUAAGGGUCUAUGUAAAGGCUUAUGUCUUUUGGACGAAGAAUGUGCUUCAAAUGAGAAAUGUUUCAAUGGUCAAUGCACUGAUCCUUGUCAAUUAGAAAAGGCCUGUGGUUUGAAUGCAAUUUGUCGUACAGCUAAUCACGUGGUACAGUGCAGCUGCCCAGCGAGUUUUACUGGAAAUCAGGAUAUGGAAUGUGUCAGAAUGCCGCGACUUUGUGGAGCCGCAGGAGAAUGUGAGGAUGGCCAUGUGUGUCAAAAUUCUAUGUGUGUUCCACGGUGCACUGUAGACGACGAGUGCGCUUUAAAUGAACGAUGCAUAAGCGGAGGUUGUUUGUUGACGUGCCGCCUUGAUAACGACUGCUUCUUGGGUCACAUAUGUUUGGGAAAGAGUUGUCAAUAUGGCUGUAGACACGAUGAAGAUUGUGGGCCCGAUGAAUUUUGUAAAAACAACUAUUGUCAAAAUCCUUGCAAUAACGAUAUAAAUCCGUGCGGACCUAACACCUUAUGUUCUGUACUAGACCGAAAAGCAUAUUGCUCUUGUUUAGAAGGACUUAUUCCAAAUCCAACACCUAACAUAGGGUGUAUUCGUGCUCCGUCGCUAACUUGCCGCAUGCAUACAGAUUGUACAACGGGAUGGAGAUGUGAGGAUGAUCGCUGUCGGCCUGCUUGCACAAAAGAUGGCUUGCAGUGUUUGCAAGGUGAAAGAUGCGAUUCAGGAGUAUGUCGAUUCGCGUGUACCUCAGACGAACAUUGUUCUGCGGAUGAAAUUUGUGAUGGACGGUCCUGUACCACCGGCUGUAGAUCAGACUCGCAAUGCUCUAACGAGCUUGCUUGUAUAUCUGGUCAGUGCGUUGACCCUUGCAUAGAACCAUCGACUUGUGGUGCUAACGCAUUGUGUAGCACUAAACAACAUCGUCCGGCAUGUGCUUGUCCACCGAAUUUAGUGGGAGAUCCCAAAGUAGCGUGCCGAAGGGUACCAUCACCAUGCGAUUCAAACAAAAACUGUCCCGACGGAUUUAACUGUUACGGAGAUACCUGCCAUCCUUCUUGCAGAAGUGACGGAGUGUGUUUAUCGAACGAAAAAUGUGUCCGAGGUAUAUGUAGAGGUGUAUGUAAUAGCGACGAUGUGUGCGGAGAUGGUUAUAUAUGCGACAAUCGUAUAUGUAAGCAAGGCUGCCGAGAUGAUAACGCUUGUGCUUCAGAUCAAAGCUGCAUAAGGGGACAAUGUAAAGAUCCAUGCAAGCAGGGAACGUGUGGAAUUUGUUCAGACUGCGUAGUUCAAAACCACCGAGUGCAGUGCAGCUGUUCUAGUAACUAUACUGGAAAUCCACUUGUUGAAUGCAAGAGGAAAAAAGUAUUAUGUGAUGGAUUCUGCCCGUGUGAUGACAGUGGCUACUGCAUUACUUUAUGUGAAAAUAACGUUCACUGCCCUUGUGGCGAAAGAUGCUUCGAUGGUGGUUGCAGAUCUGUAUGUUCCACUAGGAAUAAAUGUCCCGAGAGACAAUUGUGCGUUCAAGGAGUUUGUAUACCCGGAUGUAAUAACGAUGGCGACUGUGGUGAGGACAUGUUAUGCUCUUCAAAACUUUGCGUAAAUGCCUGCCUUCAAAAAUCUUGUGGAACUAAUGCUAUAUGCUUAACAACUCGGCAUCGUGCUGUAUGUAGUUGUCCCAGUGGAUUCUCAGGAGAUCCGCUCAAGGAAUGUAAAUCUUAUGAAUGUCUGAAAAAUGAAGAUUGUGGUUCAGACGAAGAGUGUACUACCGAAGGAAAAUGCAAAAAUGUUUGUUUGGGCGCGUGCGGUAUUAACGCAAUAUGUAGAUCUGUUGACAGAACCUCUCAGUGUUCGUGUCCACCAACUUAUUUAGGAAAUCCAAAAGUCGAAUGUACUAAACCUACGGCUGGAAGCUGUUUGCGCAAUCCUUGUGGAAUCAAUGCACGCUGUCGCGAUUUCGAAGAUGGCAGCUACGAAUGCACUUGCCCACCUAACUGUGCUGGUAAUCCACAAAGACAAUGCUUCUGUGGCACUAUGGAACCUUGUGCACAUAAAAGUUGUGGAAUAAAUGCACAGUGCCGUAUCGAUAAAAGUGGUGUAGCCCAAUGUUACUGCCCAAGAAACUAUCCUAACGGAGAUCCAAAUAUAGAAUGUGGUCAGGAGCGUAGUAAAGUUGACUGUCGUACUACUGGAUGUGGUAUUAACGGAGAAUGUUUAAGAGAAGGGGCGGAAUUUGUAUGUCGUUGCAUACCCGGUACGGAAGGUCAAGCUGAUAUCGAGUGCCAUACUAGUAUUGAAUGCACGAGCGACAAGGAUUGCCCCCUAGACAGAGCGUGUCUGAGCCUACACUGCGUGGAUCCUUGUACGGUGCGAGGCGUGUGUGGUGAAGAUGCACUCUGUGUGCCCCUCAUGCAUAGAGCUCAAUGUUCCUGUCCGCAAUGUUACGUAGGUCAACCGCGACUAGCUUGCCGUUUCGACCCUACCUGUAAGCCCACUACAGACACCAAUAUAACAAUCUCCUGCUCUGAAACUAAGCCAUGUCCGUCUAAAUUGGCAUGCGAUCUAAGCACGAAUGAAUGUAGAAAUCCUUGUUUGAGUUAUCAGAAUUGUAGACCGAAUCAAAAAUGUGAAGUUCGUGACCACAAACCAGUCUGUGUAUGUCGCAACGGCUUCGCUUUGAACGAAAGAGGCGAAUUGACCUGUGCCCCAGAAAACGCUGAAUGUACAAGAGAUGAACAAUGUCCAUCUAAUGCAGCUUGCCGAAAUUCUAAAUGUGUGAACCUAUGCUUGACAUCGAAAGAACCCAUGUGUUCUAAGGGAAAACAAUGCGAAAUGGUAGACCAUCGAGCUAUGUGUUUAUGCGUUGAAGAUUGCCAUCCCACGGCUUCAAUAUGUUUAACAGACAACGGCUGUCCUAGUAACUUGGCAUGCAGAGACUUUCAAUGCAAAGAUCCAUGUAAAGGAGCUUGUGGUGGCGCUCCGUGUUCCGUGGAAGAUCAUCAUCCCGUAUGCAAGUUUUGUCCAAGUGGGUUCACAAAUGAUGAAAAACAUGGCUGCAUUAAAGCUGUGGGGUGUACUUCUCAUGAGCAGUGCUCUCCGUCGCUGGCGUGCACCGAUGGCCGCUGCACCGACCCGUGCUCGCAAGGCGGCCCCUGCUUAGCUGGACAACAUUGCGCGGUUGUUAAUCAUCAGCCAGUGUGCUCUAAAGUAUGCCAAUGUCAAUCGUCAGCAGAUUGUGCUCGGUUUCCAAAUAGUCAAUGCGAUGGUUGCAAUUGCGUCCUGAAAGAUCAGCCUGUAGCAAACUGCGCUCAUUGCCGCCCGGGAGUUCCUUGCGAUCCGUUCUCUGGCGCCUGUAUGGAAAAUGAUCGACCUAAAAAUAUCCCACUAACCGAAACAUACUCCGAUAUCACAAGUACCACAACGGGAAGAGCUAGUGAAGUUACGACUGACACUAUAGUUCCCACUUACCGAUCGACAAAUAUAGUAGACCAUACAGAUUUGAAUUUUAUUCUUUCUACAACGACAACUGACACCACUACUGACUAUCAAAGCAGUGAAAUAACUACAUCCACAUUACUAUCUAGUAAGUUAACAACCCUCACACCUACAGGGGAUAUUAGGGGAAUUCCUACGGAAGGCUAUAUGGCUGAGUACGAUAAAACAAGUUUGGAUACAGAUAUUUCGGAUUCUACAACCUACGGCCGGGUCGGUUUAUCAUCUUACGAACCAACACAACGUUUUGAUAUCAAUCUAGAUAAUAUCAACACUUUUACGGAAACAGCACCCACGUACCAUAAAAUGACAGAAGCAACUUUAUACUUAAAAACAUCAACAGAUUCAAUGGCCGAAAGUAUUGAUAACUCCGAUCAUGAAAAUUCAAAAACAACUGAUAGUAGUGUAUCAUACACAACUACGGAGAUGCCAAAAGACUAUUAUUUAGAGAUGAAUACAGAAAGUGUUACAUCAACACACUAUAAGAAGAUGACACCCAGUGAAAUUGGCACAGAAUUAUAUUCCAAAGAAGCAACAAAGACAUCCAUAAAUAUAAACGACAUGAAAAAAAGCACAAUAAAUAAUAUGGAAACUACUACACAUCAAUAUUCGGUCGUUACUGAUACAAACUCACUUCUUCCGUUUACUAAACAAUUUAGUACACAACAUUCUAAUAUAGAAUCAAACACUCUUUCUCGAAUUAUAACUAAUGACUAUGAUACAACUACUGAAUCUAAUAUAGACUUGACUACUGAAACUGCUAAUGUUGAAAUACUGGUACCCUUUUAUAAUAUCACAACAGAACAAACGUUAUUAAAAGAAUCAAAACAAUCCAUUACUGAAAUGUUUAAUGAAAACACUACAAACAAAAAUAUACAAUCUUCUUCUACAUACACUUUUAAAAAUGAAACUAAGGCAACUACCAUGUCUACAAAAGAAAAUGUUGCAGAUAUUUCCCUAAGUACAACUCAGGAACCUUCACAAGGCAUUCCAAUGAAUUCAUUUGAAACAACGACUGAUUUGUAUAUAAAAUCUUCUAUUCUUAGUUACAGUACUGAAACAGUUCCAGAUUUAGAUUAUACCAAUACUAAAUUAUGGAAUACGGAAAAUUUGCAUUCGACAACACAAUUUUCCAAUAGUGACGUUAGUACAAUCAAUUAUAAAGACAGUACUUUUAAAGAUAUAGUUAACAAACCAAUAACAAACGAAUAUUCACCUAAGAUGCAUACGACACAACCUGUAACGGAAAGCACUACCAUAGAAUUCGAUAAAUCUUCUAAAAAGUUAAUCACUAUGUCUAUGAAAAGUUCCACGGAAUCGUUUAUGAAAUCUUCAUUUCCGUCUGUCGAAAAUAAAAAUACAAAAACCCCAGAUAAUCAAAGACAACUCAAUAAUAAUUAUACUGCAAUAAUGCAGUUAAAACCUACAUCUAAAAAUAUUAGUAACAUACCUCCAAUGACACCCAAUUUAAAGAACAGAACGACUGUAGUAAAUAUUGAAAAAAAGGACACAUUUACAACUGCUUCAUCCAUAAUGAAGGGUACACAACUUAUUGUAGAUAAUGAUUUGCAAAACGCUACCAUUACUGAAUCCAGUAUUGAAAAACAAAAUGAUAUGCUAUUUAAAGAAACUGAUGAGAAAGAAAUUGUAGUGUUAGCUAAUGGAACAAAAGUAAAAACUGUUAAAUCGAGUACUGGAAAUACAACUCCUUCUGUAAAUUCGGUCUCUACAACUAGUACCACAGAGAAUAGUGCCAUAUCAGUGAUUUCAGAAAAUCCUAAUGUAGCAUCCCAGAUACAUCAUAAACAUGAAGAAACAGCGGCUGCUACCGUCAAAGAAAUAGGAAAUAUACAUUACACUCAAAAACCACUAACGCGUAAAGAUAUGCAUACCACUGCAGAUGACUUCGGUUUAAAUAAUUAUAAUCCGUUAUCUAUUACGAUAACUGCUGAAGAACGUAGUUCGACUAUAGAGCAUACUACUAAUACUUAUGAUACUGAUUAUACUCAAUCCAAAUAUUUUGUCUCAACUGAAGAAGAAAGUAGUAGCACUCUCAGAGGUAUUCCGAAGGAAAAAAAUAGCAGUCUUACAAAUACUAAUGACACGAAAAAAAAUAGUGAUCAAAUGGUAGAAACAACUACAUUGCAUAAUAUAUAUACAUCACAAGAUACUACAGUCUCUCAUAGUUUAGAACAAAUUGAAAAAGGCACAGGUAUUAUAACCACGAGACAAGCCGAUAAUAUCGAAAGUAUGACAACGGGCAAAAAUAAGGACUCUAGUAGUAGUACGUCUACAGAACAUGCGGAAGUAGUUAUUUUAACUACUUUGAAUGGAACUCGACUACCUAUUACUGAAGAACCAGUUCGUGGAGAUCAAAGUAGUGAGAACCCAAAUAUUGAUUAUACUGAAAGCAAUUCUUCUAUUUUAACACCAGAUGGAGAUGACACAUUUAAAAAUACUGCAAUAAACAUGACGUAUACAACUAAAUCCCCAGAUAAUACGUUUUUAAGUUCUAGACAAUAUGAUAUUACUACAGAAACAACUACCGAUAAUGUACUUAUUAAUUCCUUAAACACGAAUAUUCCUCAGAAGGAGGAUGAAAAUAAUCAAAUCACUGAUGUAUAUAAUGAUCGAUUAAAAUCAUUUUCUACCAAUUCAUACGAUGAUAUUACAACACAGAAACAUUCCGUGUUCUCAGAUUAUAGUAGUUUAACUAUAGAUUUAGAAUCCACUAGCGACACAUUAGCAACAAAAGUUCAUACAACAAAACUUCCAAUUAAAAGCUUGGAAGACAUUACUGAAAUGACUAAUGCAAAUCUGGGUCAAACAAAAUAUCAUGAUUCUGUCACAGAAAUAAGUUAUACAGAACAGGCAUCUGUCGUUACACAGGUGCAAUAUGAACAUAAAUUAGUAACUGACGCAGACGGCGGGGAAACAAAAUUUUCUAGUAGAAUAAAGACAGAGCAGAAUUUGGAUAUAACUACCGAAAACAUGAUAACCUCAUCACACAUUAACGAGGUGAUGGAAAAGGUACAUGAUAGCAGAAAAAUUACAAAAUUAGAACAAGAUAGCACUACCACUGCUAUGUAUGAUGAGAAAAUAGACGACACAUUAUAUUAUAAAACAUCCACAGAUAAAAGUAGUGAUAUGACUAAUACAAACAGUAUUGAUGUGAAUUCCAGUCAAACUG